UUCAUCACAAGCUUGUUCUGCGUCAAACAUCUAACAUCCUCUGCUUAGUUUGGAAAGUAGCGGCCAGGCUGCUGCGCACAACACGCGUCCAGGUUCGAAGCAACAUAACCCGAAGACGGUUUCUGCAGCACCGCUUGGAAAUUUAGGCAACCGCAGGUAAACGCAGGACCUCUCCUAUCUGAAGCUGGGUCGAAAUGUUGGGGAUCUGCGUGUGUCUGUGUGCGGUUUUCACGCAGGUUCUGUCUCAGGAUGCCGAAGAGCCCAUUACAGUUUCAUGCACAGAAGGCUACACAUAUGACAAAGUAAGGGAACAGUGCAGAGACAUUGAUGAGUGUCAACUUCUAGAGGAUGCAUGCAAAGGAGGGAUGCAGUGUGUCAACCACUAUGGUGGGUAUCUCUGCCUCCCCAAGAGCGCCAUCAUCUACGUUACAAACGAGGUGGACGUAGCUCCACCGCCUGAGCAGGUCCCCCAGGUUCCUGUCGUCCCACCGAGCCAGGCUCAAUACACUCGGCAUACGGGUGGAAACAGGGGCCCUCAAGUCAGCCAGACCAUUCGCUGCUCUUCAGGCUUCACUGCUGAUGAACAGAACGUCUGCAGAGACAUAGAUGAAUGUGCAACAGACAUACACAGUUGCGGGCCUGGACAGACCUGCUACAACACCAGAGGCUCCUUCAUGUGCCAGUGUCCUCCUGGCUACUAUAGGAACGGGGACAGCUGUGUCGACAGAGACGAGUGUGCCCUGAGCCACUACUGCAUGCACGGAUGUGUGAAUACCCAGGGCUCAUACUACUGUGAAUGCAAUCCUGGUUACAAAUUAGCCCAUAACAACUACUCAUGUGUUGAUGUGAAUGAAUGUGAUAUGGAGACUCCAUGUCAGCAUCAUUGCUACAACCUGAUUGGCUCCUUCAUGUGUCAGUGCGAUCACGGCUUUGAGCUGGCUUCAGACAAAGUCUCCUGCCAAGACAUUGAUGAAUGCAGCUUGUCCAGCUACAUGUGUCAGUACCAGUGUGUUAACAACCCUGGAAGUUACUCCUGUGAGUGCCCACCAGGAUAUCAGCUCCAAGGAAACAGGCUGUGUCAAGACAUUAACGAGUGUGAGAUGGGGACCCAUGAGUGCCAAGAUGAUGAAAUGUGCUGGAACUAUUAUGGAGGCUUUCGCUGUUAUCCCAGAAACCCCUGCGAGUCGCUUUACACCCUGACUUCUGAAAAUCGCUGCAUCUGUCGAUCUCAAGCAGAGUGCCAGGGGCUUCCUCCGUCAAUAGUGUACAAAUACAUGAGUAUCCAGGCAGACCGAACUGUGCCAGCGGACAUUUUCCAGAUUCAGGCCACCAGUGUGUAUACCAACACACACAACACAUUUAGGAUUAAAGCCGGUAAUGAUGACGGAGAGUUUUUCCUUCGGCGUUCCAGUAAUGUGAGUGCCAUGUUGGUGCUUACCAAGCCCUUGUCAGGGCCCAGGGAGUACGUGGUGGAUCUGGAGAUGAUCACUCACCAUCUGACCAUGAACUACCGCGCCAGCUCACUGCUGCGGCUCACCAUCAUUGUGGGAGCUUAUCCCUUCUGAGCUUUAGAGGUCCCAGCAACCCCCAUAAGUCUGGUUUCAGCAAACAUAGUGAAUGCCUGCAUCAGCAUAGUCUAUGUUGUCACUCUCAAGACAUGCAUAUAGCAUAGCCUGCCUCACAUUUAAACACUAGCAAAAGCAGUUCCUAUAUGGUUGGUCAAAUCACACCAAAUCUGUGCUAUAAUAUCACCAUUAGAUAUCCUGUUCUUGUCAGGAUGCUUCAAAUACAUGCCUUUUUUAAUCCUUAAAGUUGUAUUUUAUAAAUUGUUUUUUUGCAAUAUCCCAAACAACUGAAAACAAUGUAAUCAGCUCGAUACAUUUAUCCCUUUGUUCAAAUCAGAACUGCUUUGAGUAAGCUCUUGAUGCAUCUGUAGUUUGUAAAAUUCCCACUUAAACACAUAACAAAUAUCCAGCAUUAGCAGCUUUUUAUGCAACAGUAAUCUACAGUUUGUACAUCCAAGCUUCUGUUGAUGAAUGUUAGGGGUUAGGGUGCAAGUUUCUAUAUAGUUUGCAUCAUAAGUAACAAUUUCCAGAGAACUCAGUUCAAAGGUGUUCAAGAGAGUUAAUUACCCCGGGAGUUGAGAGAGUGUUAAACUUUGUGUUAUAGCAAGCUUAAAGCUUGUAGACUGGACUCACAAGAGUAAAGACAUGUAUAUAAAUAGAUAAAAAAAUCUUUGUACGUGUGGAUGUUGAUGAAUGCGUGUGUGCCCCUAGCUUUGUUUAUGCAUGCAUGCAGAUGUAAGUGUGAAACACAGUGGGAGAGAAGAGGAAAGAAUGAGAAAGCAUUUGCUUUCCUUUCUUUGGUUUGGUGGACAUGGCUGAGCUGUUUAUGCGUUUCUGUGAUGCCAUCCCAGCAGUUUUCUGUCACAGAGCCAAUAAGAGACCUUUAAACUCGAGAACACAUACAAGAAAUGACGGCUUUGGUAACACACCUUGGCAACUCGACUACUCUCCUUUGCCGGGGUUAUUCUCCAGAGUUGCAGCAAGACCCUCUAAUGUCAGUCCCAGUCAAGAAGUCACACCGGCACCAGGCUGCCUUGCAUUAUAAAAGAUAAUUGCAGUGUUUUUCCCUGUAGCGAGUUCCUGCUCAAUUUAGGGGAUUAUUUAGGUGUUAAUGCAAUGCCACCAGACAUUUGGCAGAGUGAGAGAUCUUUCACUACCUGUUCUGAUUCUUAUGGCUCCACGUGUCUGCUCUGGCUCAAUGCUAAAACACUGUAAACUGUUGAUUUACACCACUGAAAAAAUGACAUGUCAUCCCUUUGUAAGUACAGAAAGUUGCCCAGCUUUGCCUUAAAAAAUCCCUUUUAUGUGGCGUUAGCUCUCAUUACGCCAUAGUGCCUUCAAACCUGUAACACUAAUCAUUCAUGCUGUCAAGCCUGUUAACUGUCCUCUGUGAGUUGCCUAAAUGUUUUUUUCAGUUUCUAUUUAAAUAUAUAUUUUGUCAUAUCUAUCUUGUAUUGAUUGUACUCUAAAGAGCAAAAGCUAUAUUGUUAAAUAAAAAAUGAUGUAAAAAUCCA